GUUUUAUUUCCGGGGUUAAAUCAGCCGCCAUAUCUGAAUGCGCUUUAAACCUGUUUAAACCACAGAAAUGUUUAUGUUCACACAGUUCAGACAUACAGUCCGGAUUACUAUAUAGUGCGUUGAUUACAACCUAUAGACGUACAGCAGAUAGGUUUCUAAGAUGUCAUUAGUGGAUUUGGGAAAGCGUCUUUUAGAAGCAGCCCGGUAUGGUCAUGAUGAUGAAGUUAGGACGCUGAUGGCCAGUGGAGCUCCAUUCACUACUGACUGGCUUGGAACUUCUCCGUUACAUUUAGCAGCCCAGCAUGGUCAUUACUCCACCGCUGAAGUGCUGCUGAGGGCAGGUGUGAGCAGAGAUGCACGAACCAAAGUGGACAGGACCCCGCUGCAUAUGGCGGCCACAGAGGGACAUGAAAUGAUUGUGGAUUUAUUAAUCAAGAAUGGUGCGGACAUCAAUGCCAAAGACAUGUUGAAGAUGACCGCUCUCCACUGGGCCGCCCAGCACAGUCAUCAGCAUGUUGCGGAACUCUUGAUCAAACACGGUGCUGAUGUACACGCCCUCAGCAAGUUUGACAAGUCAGCUUUUGAUAUCGCUGUUGACAUACAAAAUGCCGAACUCAUGCUUCUAUUACAGGAGGGAAUGCAGAAUCAGGUAAAUAGGAAUGCAGAAGCGUCGGUCACAAAUGGAAGCUCCACCCCACAGUUCAUCAUCCAGGGCAUCCCCAAUUUUCAAGGGGGCGUCGUCAACCUCUCAGACUUGAUCAAAACCAGCUCAGAAGAGGCAAUUGCUGUCAGCGCCUUGGAUUCAAGUAUCCAGCAAGUAGUGAAUGAAUCAGGUCAGAGGGUCAUAACGAUAUUAACAGAUCAACAUGGAAACCUACAGACAAAUGGAUUCGGUCAGCCAUUCUUUGUCACAAUGCAGGAUGGACGACAAGUAUUGGCAGUUCAAGCCAAUCAAUUCACAGAGGAAGUGGUAGAUGACACCGAACCUCCUGUCCGUAAAAGGAAAAUUGAAGUCUCAUCCAGUCACACAGAAACUGGUGAUACAGAGCAUCUACAGUGGCAGGUGCAAGAAGCUAACAGGAAAGCUCAAGCAUAUCGUCAACAGCUACUUCGCAAAGAGCAGGAAGCCGAGGGGUACCGAAUGAAACUGGAGGCCAUGUCCAACGGACAGACCAACGGUACCACCGCUCUGGACCAGGAGCAAGUCGUGUUUGUGCAGGAUGAAGUGGGUAUAGAGGAAACGACAGCGGGAGAAGAGGAAGUUGUCGCCUUUUCAGAAGGUGGUGUAGUCGUCAAAAUGGAGGAGGUUGAUUCUGCAGAUGAGCAGAUAACACUUGUGGAAGUCACAGCGGGUCACACAGAGGUCAUUUCAUAAGAUGACCAGAGAGCGUGGACUCGAUGCUCAAGCAACCAAAGAGUGCAUCAGCACGGUUUUGGUUUGAUUAAUUUUUGUAAUUUAUUUCCUUGUUUUGGUUAAUGUAUCAUUCUUAAGUCAAAGACCACAGAAGCUAAUUCUUUCUCGAUAGUGUUCUUGAAAGUUGUCAUCCAUAAUUUCCUAGACUGCUGGAAAAGACUCUCUCAGAAUGGACUCACUCUUUAUGAUGUUACCUUUAAAAUCCCCACAGUCUGGAACUGUAGCUGCCUUAUUCAGACAAACAGUUUCAUAACUUUGGAAUUUGAACAUGAUCUCAGAAUCAGUUUUUUUGCUGUUACAUGCAAUGGAAAUAAAUGGUGCACCAAUUUCAAGAAACUGAAAUGGCAUAAUCCAUCUUUAAAAUACACCAAGUCAAUAAAUUUUGAGUUUCUGUUUGACCAUUUACAAGUGAUCAAUAGUCAUUUAAAAAGUGCCUUUGGUCUUUUCAUUGUUAGUUUUUAUGCUUAAGAGAUGCUACAUGUGGUAUAGAUUGUAUUUGUAUCAUUAAUGGUUCAACUCCCAUUCCUUUUUCUGCUCGUGUACAAUGCGUUUGCUAUUUUUUUGUUUUACUUAAGUUGAGAGAAUGUGUUUUCAUAAAUGUAAAAAUGUUGAUCUCAAUAUCAGGGUAUUGUAUCAAUUAAGCUUGUAUAAAUCUCACCAUGUUGAUGGAAAAAAUAUUUCAAUUUCAAUCCAUUAAAGUCAAGGAUUUGUGUAUAAGAAUGUCAGCAAUUUUUAUCAGUUUAAAUUGCCUCUACUAUAGGGAGUGUUAUUUCCUAUUCAAACCAUCCAUAAAACAUUACACAUUGUGAAAGAGAACCACAGUGUUAUACUGGCAUUACAAUUGAAGUACACUGAUUCAGGUUUAAAAUCCUGUGUUUAGUCCCCCACCACCACUUGUAUUCUGUGCAUAUAAGUGAUGUAUGAAGCCUUUGGCCUAUUUUUGAUUAAAAAUGUUGCAAUUGUCAA